CCGCCGCUGGGGGUCGCGGCGGCUCCUCCCUCCUUCCCUCCCUCCCUCACGCCCAGGGGCGGGCGGCCGGCCGGCACAGCCCCGGUGGCUCCUCCGGUGAGCAGCGCCGGCGGCCGCCGCCGCUCCUUCAGCCUCCUCCCGACACAGGCGGUGAGGGCAGCCCGGCGGGGACCCUGCGCGGCGGUUUUGCUGACAUCAGCCAAAAAAUAUAUGUGGAAGAACCAAGAGACUGUUUCUGUUCCUUUGAAGCAAUGGAAGGAGCAUAUUUGGAAAGGAAUUGAAUUGAUACUCAACAUGCCUCCCAUGUGUUAGAAGCCAAUGAUUUAUAAAAAGGGAGGGGAGAAACAAAACAGGCAGCCUUUUUUUUGAGUAUUCUAGCUGUAUCAUCUUUGUGAGUCAAUGAAAACUCCAAAUAUGGCUGUGUUCAAGCAACAGAAGGUGGAGGAUGUUUACGAAAUUGGGGAAGAACUAGGAAGUGGCCAGUUUGCUAUAGUGAAGAAAUGUCGAGAAAAAAGCACCGGUAUGGACUAUGCUGCUAAGUUCAUUAAAAAACGUCAGAGUCGGGCUAGCCGUCGUGGAGUGAGACGUGAGGAAAUUGAACGGGAGGUUACUAUUCUGCAGCAGAUUCUGCAUGCCAACAUCAUCAAGUUGCAUGAUGUCUAUGAGAACAAGACGGAUGUGGUCCUCAUCCUUGAGCUAGUUUCUGGAGGAGAACUUUUUGACUUCCUGGCACAAAAGGAGUCUUUGAGUGAAGAGGAAGCAACCAGGUUCAUCAAGCAGAUUUUGGAUGGUGUGAAUUACCUUCACUCUAAGAAAAUUGCUCACUUUGAUUUAAAGCCUGAAAACAUUAUGCUUCUAGACAAGAAUAUCCCUAUUCCACACAUCAAACUCAUUGACUUUGGCCUGGCUCACAAAAUAGAAGAUGGAGUUGAAUUUAAAAACAUUUUUGGAACUCCAGAAUUUGUAGCUCCAGAAAUAGUAAACUAUGAACCGCUUGGACUAGCUGCAGAUAUGUGGAGCAUAGGAGUCAUCACCUACAUACUGCUUAGUGGUGCAUCGCCUUUCCUUGGAGAAACUAAACAAGAAACACUUGCAAACAUCACAGCUGUGAAUUACGAAUUCGAUGAAGAUUUUUUCAGCAAUACCAGUGACCUGGCAAAAGAUUUUAUUCAGAAACUCCUGGUGAAAGAUACACGGAAACGGCUUACAAUUCAGGAAGCUCUGUCUCAUCCGUGGAUAAUGCCAGUGGACAAGCGACAGGCUUUGGUUCGGCAAGCAUCUAUUGUUAACAUGGAAAACUUCAAAAGGCAAUAUGCUAGAAGGCGAUGGAAGCUUUCUUACCGCAUUGUCUCAUUGUGCAACCACUUAUCUCGUUCGCUGGUGAAAAAGGCCCUAAUACAGGAUGAAAGUUUGAGAAACUGUGAAAGUGACAGUGAGGAUCUUUCACAGAGAAAAGCCACUCAUCUGCGGAGAAGCAGCAUAUCAUAAUGUAAUGGGGAUUCCAUGGGCAGGAGACAGAGGGAACUUUCAUCCUUGAUGAAAAAAGCAGCUGUGACAGCAGACCUUGACUUCUUGUCUGAAUCCUUGGUAUGGUGCUUCUCACUUCUCAAACUACACCAACAGCUGUGUGAUGUUAUUAAAUGCCUUCUAAGCAUUUUAGAAAAUUGGUGAUCCAGAUUCCCAGGGAAAUGCCACAGCACAAGCACCAACUGGAGUGCUUUUAUAUGUUAAGCAUUUCAGAGAUACUUCAAUUUGAUAUCAGGAAUACUUCAAUGAUAUCAACUGCACUCAGGACGUAAGAUUUCUACUGAUAUUCUUCUACUGCAGAAUAGUUCACAUUGCGCACAAUGAUUAAGACUGUGUGCAUUAUUAUUUCAGUCAGGGAAAUUGUUAUUGAUAUUGAGUCUUAAGGAAAUUUUUAAAUUUUUUAUAUUUGUUAAUAGCAUAAAUAUUUGGCAGAUAUCUGACAGGUUUUGUUAGCUGUGUGCAGUACUAUGUUACUGCUGUUAUUGAAGAGAAAAUCAUAGUGCCAUUUUGUUUCAUAACUUUGAUUUCAUGAACCUUGCAGUAGACAGCUCUGUACUGCAAUAUGAAAUGUGCUCUGGCCAUCAUCUUUGGCUGAAGGCUAACAUACUGCCGUUGUCAGUUUGAGUACAACCGAUCUGGCAACUGAGAGGUUGACAGGCCAGCACAAUUUUUCGAUGAAAAAGAGAAAAAAUUCUGUAGUGACUACAUGCACCCAAAUACAAUGUUUUUACAGAAUAAUGGCAGGAUGCUUGACCAACACAGGGCACUUAAAAACCCAAGAUAUAUGAAGAAAUAGUCUUUAUUAGACUUCGUUAUUGCUUUAAUUUAUUGUUGCCGAAUUGGAAAGUCAUUAACACCUAUUUGUAUAGGUGCUGUUUACAUGUAACCGAAAAUGCAAACAUCUGUGUUUUAUUCAGGGGGUUGUAUCCAAAAUUGAGGAAAUAAGCACUUUGAUGUUGAUGUAACAUCUUUGUGCUGGGAAGUUGCAUCACUUUAACUAUAUUAAUUUCUAAGCCAGUAUUCUUGAAUUGGUACCAAAAAAUAUGCUUAUACUAGGUUAUUUUUUUAUUCAAUAUAUUAGUUGUUAGAAGUUCAUAUUUAUUUUGCCGUUUAAUAAAUUGAAAAUCAGAAAGCAAGCCUACUAGAAACAGCUAUAGAUUGACAAGGAAACUGGUUUUGUUUGGCUUUAUAGUUGUCACUCCUAGGCUGAGGUUUUACAGCUGAAGGUGUGAACUGGUGUUGAAAACUAGUAUCACGUUAAUUUUGCCUGGCAUCCAGUUUCUAUGAAAGAAGUAAAAACACACUGCUUUUAUUUGUAGCUUUGUAUCCUUGCUUAGGCAGAGACUAAAAUGCAGUUGAUGAGAAAGUAUUUCUAUGACAGGAAUGAAAUGGAUGAGAAGCACUGGAGGAGAGAGGCAGAAAGCAAGAUUUGAGGGAAGAAACUUAAAAUGAAGGAUAUGGGGUGGGGGAGAAGUGGUGGAGAGGAGUGAAUAUGAGAGGGACAUGUAGGGAAUGGAGGCGAACCUGGACUGGGAAGGUUGAAGGAAGUGUAAGAGAAUGUAGGUGCAGGAAUUGUGGAAGCAGGAGAAUGGAUGUUUCGGCAAAUAUUGGACUGCAUUUUGAUACUACUUAUUUAAUUUCCUUUUAUUUCAUGUGUUCUGCUGCCAUAGCCUGUGACAUGUGCCUGGUCAAGGGAUAAGGAGCAGGGCAUGGGCUUCUCUUCACAUUCAAUUAAAGGGUGCGUUUCUGAGCUUUCUGUAUAAUUUUUGAGGCAUAAUCCUCAAAAAGCACUGUAGUAACAUGUAUAUUAAGAGGAUGCAGUAAUGGGAAAAACUAUUGUUUUAGCAUCUGGAGGGACUCUUUCAUAGACAGAACACUAAAAAUAUAUAUUUGGAUAAAAAGCUGCCCAGCUUACCUACCAAAUUUUGCUUCCUGCUUUCCCUUCCCAUGUGUUACCAUUAGUUCAAUCCUUGGGCUAUGAAAAACCAAAUAAACUCUGAGCCAGUGACACUUUUCUGAAUUCCCACCAUUUCAAAAAACCUUUGGUUUCCAAAUUAGAGAUUGCUCCAUGGGCACAUAAAUCAUACUUCUGAAAAUUAAACCCUAGUUAAAAUAGCUGUUAGGUUGUUCCAUGAGAAUUGUGCUGUCACGGUCAUUCUUAUGUAAAAUCCUAGGAGCUACCGAGCAAGAUGGGAUGCAACAGAAAGGCAGGCAGGGGAGUGCAAGGCAGUGUGAAGCCAUAAGCUCCAGCUUAUUAAUUCUAUAUUAAUAAAAGAUGUAAGGUGGUGUUUUAACAAAGACAUUACAGACAGCUCAUGGUGCCAUGAGUAAUGUGGCAUUCAUUGUACAGAAACCACAACAAUCGGCACUCGUGUCAAGCCGAACUAUUCCCUGACUGUUCCAGAUAGGAGUAUACUGUGAGUGUAUAAUCUCUUGUUCUCAGGACUAAUGUUUGUGAUUUAUUAGGAAGUUUUACUGUGUUUUUCCACAUGUGGUGUUCUCUGUAUUUAUCACCGUAUCUAUUCCACAGAGGUGGGAAUUCAGCCCCACUUCAGGGAGGCUUAGUCGAAUUAAAUUCCAUUUACAGCACUGGAGGACACCUUUCUCAGUGCAGGGGUUACUUUCAUACCAUUGGUGGUUUUUGAGGAACAAUCUAGAGGUUCCUUUUAUUAAGGGGGGGAG